UUGUUAAAUGUUUUAUUUUUUUGAAUUUUUAGAUUCUAUCUUUUAAUUAGUACAAAUGUAUGUAUUGAGGCGUAUGUUGUCGUUCCCGCUGGUUCAUUUGAAAGGCGUCCGAUGAUAUCUGUGGCAAUUACAGGGGGUGAGGUAGUUGAAGAUGAACAAGAAGAAUUUGAAACCAACGUUGAACCCUCCGACUCCGACAUCCUUUUAGACGACAACGGUUUCCCAUCGUUUCAACUCGACCCAGAACCACAUGUCUACCAGAAUAAUAAUGCCUCCUCCUCAAUUAGGAACCAACAAGAAUCAGAAUCAGAAUCAGACAGUUUUGCUUCUGAUUUCUAUCGCAGUGGAACCGAUUGGUCUUGCUUAUUGCUGCAACACCAUGAUGAUGAUGGUGAUGUUGAUACUAUUACUGGGGAUUGCAAUCAAAUAAAUGGGCACGAUGGAAAAACCCAAUCCGAGAGAAAGAUGAAACAAGCCAAUUUGUUCCAGAUGUGGGGACUGAAAAAGCCACAUCUUUCUCAGCCCCCAUUGAAGAAGAUGAAGAUUGGAAAUGAAAGAACCCAUUUCACAAAGAAGACCAACGUUUCUGCAAAUCCUAAUAGUCGCCCUCGUCUUUGUCCCUUCUAUAAAAAAAUCCCAGGCACGCCAUUCACUGUGGAUGCGUUCCGCUAUGGUCAUAUUGAAGGAUGCUCUGCAUAUUUUCUAACCCACUUUCAUUAUGAUCAUUAUGGUGGCCUCAGCAAGGGAUGGUCCCAUGGCCCCAUCUAUUGCACCCCUAUCACUGCUCGCCUACUUGCAAUGUGUCUCUCCGUAAAUCCAUCAUUUAUCUGUCCUUUGGAGUUAAAUACUGAAAAUGUAAUCAAAGGAGUUAGAGUAGUGUUACUAGAAGCUAAUCACUGCCCAGGUGCAGCUUUGAUUCACUUUCGUCUCCCAAAUGGCCAAUGCUAUUUGCAUACUGGAGACUUCAGAGCUUGUAAACUGAUGCAAACUUACUCCCUUCUGCUAAAUGAACGAGUAAAUGUGCUGUUCCUGGACACAACAUAUUGUAACCCAAAGUACAAGUUCCCUUCCAAAGAAGAUGUUUUAAGUUAUGUUGUCAGAACUACCCAGAACUGUCUCAAAAGGCAACCAAAAACUCUUGUAGUUGUUGGUGCGUAUAGCAUUGGAAAAGAAAGUGUUUAUCUAGCCAUUUCUAAGGCAUUAGGGGUUAAAAUAUAUGCAAAUGCUUCAAGAAGACGAGUUUUGCAUUCUUUUGGUUGGCCCGAGCUUUCUGGGAUUCUUUGUUCACAUGGAAAGGACACACUUCUUCAUGUUCUGCCUAUAUCAUCCUUGCGAUUUGAGACUCUUAAGGAUUAUUUGAAAACCUACAAGGAUCAAUAUGCAGCAGUUUUGGCAUUUCGACCGACAGGUUGGACUUACUCUGAGACUAUAGGCAACCAACUGGAUCUAAUAAAACCUAGUUCCAAAGGCAAUGUCACAAUUUUUGGGGUUCCAUAUAGUGAGCACUCCAGUUUUACGGAACUGCGAGAGUUUGUUCAGCUUUUGAGGCCUGACAAGAUUAUUCCUACUGUCAACGUUGGGAAUGCAACAAAUCGAGACAAGAUGCACUCAUGCUUCAGAGAAUGGCUGAAAGGCUGAUGUCCUAGCAGAGGUUGACAAAUGAAGUUUACAAUUUUAUCUCAUUUUCACAUAACCUUAGAGCAUGUGAUAAAAGACUCUUUUAUCCAUUUUAUUCAUUGCAAUGAUUGGAUUAGAUACUUGACCCUGGAAGUUCCUCUAAGCACUGUAACGUGAGCUUGUCACAUCAAUGCCCAUUCAUCAUAUGGUAAAAAGUAUACAAGUUGGCUGCAGAUGGGUUAACCGGACUAUGCAGUUUAAGCCCAGAGUAUUUUCUAGUGUUCCAAUUUUAGUUAUACAGAAAACAUUCUUCUGAUUUUUGCAAAAAUUACAUGAAGAACCAAGAUAAACCACUCAAAUGAUCUGUAAUUUUUUCAAUACAGUAUUGUGUCUUCUCUAAUCUGCAUCUAUGUUCUCCAGAUUCUUAAA